AUUUGGACAUGGCCAGGGAACCGAAGCCAAGCCGGGCCAGGCUGGGCCAGAAGCGGCAACACGGCAGCAGCCUGUACCACAGUAACUGUGACCUGGACUAUGAUCUCUACAGGGAUGACUUCCCAUACCGGGUGUACGAGUACCAGAAGAUCCCCCCUCUCAUUAACCGCAUCCCAGUCAAGGCCAGACGAACUCAUGUGGGAGCAGGAAGCAAAAGCAGCCUGAGCCCCCAGCCCGGGGCGAGGAGCAGCACCAGCUCCACAGCGGGACGGACAAAGUUGCGGGCCGAAGAGCUGCACUCCAUCAAGGGGGAGCUGAGCCAGAUCAAGGCGCAGGUGGACAGUCUGCUGGAGAGCCUGGACCGCAUGGACCAGCGGAGAGAGCGUCUCACAGGGUCCAGGGAGAGUGAGAAGAAGAGGUUAGAGACAGGGGCAGAGUCGUCGUCCCCAGCAGGAGAGGGGUCACGGGAGCCCCGGGGCAAGGAGGGGAUGGGAGCUGAUGGGCACAGCGACCUGCGCAACAUCGACAGCACCGAGGAGAGCACGGACACGGAGGAGACGGUGAAAAACCACAUGUCGGACCCUGAGGGGAGCCAGUAG